UCUUCUUUGGGAAGGCCCUGUAGGGUCCUGCUCGGUUACAAAAUUGGUUUUGUCUGCUCAGGCAACUUUCAAGGCUGGUCUUCGUUUGUUUUUUAUUUUAACAAACCCAUUUUCCUGAUGGGGAAAUUGAGGAGCAGAGAGAUUACAUGGCUCGCCCAAGGCUUGCGGCUGCAAAUGGACCUCCAGUCAAGAUAGCUGAGCUGGUGUGUUUGCACAGAUACAAGCUCCAGACACGGAGGAGUACAUCAUCGUCCCGUUCCAAGACAAGAAAGGUAAAUACGGUAUCCAGGCCCUUGAGAGAAGAAGGUCCUCGUUGCCGAGUGCCCAUAAAGGAGCCAGGAGCAGAUUGUGCCGUGGGGGGGUGGGAGUCAAAGCCACAGCCCCAUGCACAGCAGCAGGGUUCUGGAACUGGCCCUCUGCAUUCUGCGGGAGCCUGAAAGGGUCUGUGCUUGUGUGAAACUGAAGCAAACUGCUACCCCAAUGGCUCUGAGUAGAGUCCUCUCCCAGAAAGUGGAACGCUGGGCCUGACAGCACGUGGGCCACCUACAUGGUGCAGAAACCUCAAGUGGAGAAAUAAAAGAUGGUCCACAGCCAGUGACUUCCUUAGAAGCCACCAUAGAAGCUACCUGCCUCAUACACCAGGGCACGCGUGCGGUACACACAGGGUGCCUUUAGAAGUCAACUCCUGCCGACCAUGAAAUCAUGAUGCUGCUGAAGGCCACGAGGAAACCCCCCUACUGUGCAGCAGUCAGCAGGUGUGGCAAAUGGGCCGAAUCGCAUCUAAGAAACUACAGUGAUUUGAAAAGGAUUUAAAACCAGGUCUAUAAAAGUGUUUGAAAACAUGGCAACUAAAUGCAACACAUAAUCCUGGACUGGAUUCUGUCCUGGCAAAAAAAUGUGCUGGAAAAGGCAUUGUUGGCUCAUUUGUCCCAUUCUUGCAACUUGUCUCUGAGCUUGAAAUUAUUUUCCAAGAAAAAGUUUUAAAAACCAUUUGAAGAGAAAGCACAUGGAAUAGAGAGCAUCACCACAGAAAAGACAUUAUGAAAAACAUGCAGAUUUUAAAAGAACCAAAUGAAAAUUCUAACCGUGAAAAGUAAAGACAUCAAGAUGUUUUGCAGAGCUCACCCCCCCCCCCCAGCUGUGGUUUGUCUGAGGUUUUUCUCUCCUGUGAUUGAAUUUAUGGAUUCUUGGAAGGAAUAUACAACAUCAGAGCUUCAAAAUACCUGCACCACCUCUGUUUCCUCAUGGUGGUUUCCGCUUUCCCAGCUGGAUCCUGAUUGCCCCAGAAUCAAGUCCUGCUUUCGUGUCUGGAGACUCUCUCAUGGAGCAGACGCGAAAGGGGGCGGCAGCCCCGAGGACGCCGGGAGCGCCGCGCGCCCCGAGCUCCCGCAGCUCCCUCGCCGCCCGCAGCUCCUGGAGGAGGACGGAGGGCCCAGCGAGGAAGCGGCCGCGGAUGGAGGCAGCGCCCCCGCGCUGGAGGGCACCCCCGGCGAUCCCCUGGCCGAGGCCUCGGCGACGCCCCCUGCCCAGGACCAGGCCCAGGCUGCGGGCGAGGCCAGGCAGGCGCCCAAGGCGGCGGCCGGCGGGGUCCCCAACAUCGGCUUCGUGGGCGAGCCCCCGCCCUACGCGCCGCCCGACCCCAAGGCCGCGCACCUGCUCUACCCGCCGCCCUUCCCGCAGCCCGUGCUCUUCCCGCCCGCGCCCUCCGCCUCUGCCCUGUACCCCCCGCCCGCGCCGCUCUUCCCCGCGCCCACCGCGCAGCCGCUCUUCGCGCCCUUCCCGGUGUACAACAGCCCCGUUGCCGGUGUGCCAGCCCCGGCCACCGUGGAACACAGGCCCCUGCCCAAGGACUACAUGAUGGAGUCCGUGCUGGUGACCCUCUUCUGCUGCCUGCUCACCGGGCUCAUUGCUGUCGUCUACUCCCACGAGACUCGUGCGGCCCUGGGCAGGGGGGACCUGGCCCAGGCUGAGGAGGCCUCGCGCAAGGCCCGCUCGCUUGUGCUCUUCAGCCUGCUCUUCGGGGUCUUCGUGUCCACCAGCUGGGUCAUCUACGUGGUGGUAGCACUCUACCUGCCCUGAGGGCUGGUGGCUCCCUCGGGGACGUCGGGACACCCAGGGACUCCUGAGCUGGCCAGACUCUUUCUGCGGACUUGGAUCCCUGCUGGUGGCCAUCUGUCACCCAGAGGGGACCGGGGCAGGCUCAGAAGAAGGUGGGCUUUGCAGCCCUCUGUACGCUCUUGGCUGGGCCUCUGCCCCUGCAGGUGGCCCCAGGCAGUGUCCUAGCCCGAGGUGGCCCCAGGGCCCGGGCCCAGCUGUGGUACAGGGGCCUGAGUUCUUCCUGGAACUGUGCUGGCAGUGCCCCCAUGCCCCUGGCCUUCACUUGACCCCUGAGAGACCAGCAGAGGGACCAGUGCCCUCACUGUCCUCAGCGCCAUCUGGAAGGACAUUGCCACCUCCGGCCUCCCCAUCGCCCAGCCCAGCCCUGGGAUCGCAGGGCAGAGCUGCUGGGCUUUCUUUCUCCCUGUUGGGGAGUUGAGAGGAGCGGCCUCCUCUCUCCUGGGUCGCUCCUGGAAGGUCGUACUGCGUCCCAGCCCCGUCUGGUGGGGCAGGCUCUCUCCUGAUGACCCCAUGUCCAGAAACCAAGGCCACGAUGUCCGGUCAGUAAACAAACAGCAACACCCUG